AUGGCUGAUCAGUUCUUGCAAAACAUCAUGCAUUCUUUCUCUUUACCAGACAUUGAUCCAAACAUCGAAUUCUUGAAUCAAAUUCCCGGCCCGAAUCCUUUCUUUAGUAGCCCGAUCGGGUUUUCGAGUGACAGCAACUUAUUUCCUCAGUUAAUAUCUGAAGGCCCUGAUCAAAACCUGGAAAACUUCCCUGGAUUAUUUACAAUCCCUGAUGAAAUCACUGCAGUAACUUCUUUUACCGAGCCCGUGAAUUCAAACGUCGAUCGUAAGGACCUGAAGAGGAAAACACCAGCAACCGACACACCACAAAGCAGUUAUGCAAAGAACUCUGCAUAUACAAAACGUGCUGGAAAACGAAAGAAAGUGAAAGUCGAAAAUACCGAAGAAGACGAGAAGCCGAGGGAAGUGGUUCAUGUUAGAGCCAAAAGAGGCCAAGCCACUUACAGCCACAGCUUAGCAGAAAGAGUGAGACGAAGAAAAAUCAACGAGCGAUUCCGAUGUCUGAAAGACAUUGUCCCAGGUUGCUACAAGACGAUGGGAAUGGCAGUAAUGCUGGAUGAGAUUAUCAGUUAUGUUCAGUCAUUGCAAGGUCAAGUAGAGUUUCUUUCGAUGAGGCUCAGCACAGCUACUAGCACUUAUUACAACUCCAGUACAGACACAGAUGUCAUGGCAACAAUAAUGCAGAGUAAUGUAGCCAUACAGGGACUUGAUUCGGCUCAAUUUGCACAACUGGGCCUCGAUUUCAACUAUUUUCCUCAGUGA